GAAAAAGAACAGAGGUGUGCGUGUCAGAGGAAUUGUGGUGUGUGUCGGGUAAGGGCUGAAGUCAUAAAUACGACUGUACAUUCCAUUCUGCUACUUUCCUCUUUCCUCUUCUCUUUCUCUCUCUACGGCUGUGAAAUUAUUCUGAUAGGUCGUCUCUUUCUCUCUUCUCUCUCUCUCUCUCUCUCCCUAUCCAAAAUUAAACCUAAAAACUAGGGAUUCGCUCACUCAGUAGGAAUUUUAACUGCAAAACACACAAACCAAUCACACCUCCAAAGUCUCCUGUUUUCAAAAUGGUCUGAUCUUCUUCGUCUCCAUUUUUCCUCCUCCCAAUCACUUCUUUCCAUUUGUCAGUCUCACGAUCUGGCUUGCCUUCCAUGGAAGAUUCACAAUCAGUUGCUUCACUGAUGGACUCUACGAGCUCCAAGAUUCAGCAACUGCAAAAAGCUUUUGCUGAGCUUGAAAGUCAUCGUGCUAUUACCCUCAACUGGAAGUGGAAACAACUUGAAGAACAUUUCCAUGGUCUUGAGAAGUCUUUGAAGCGGCGUUUCACUGAAUUGGAGGACCAAGAAAGGGAUUUUGAAACUAAAAUUGUCAAAUCUAAAGAGAUGUUGGAGAGACGUGAGAAGGCCGUUGUGGCUAAGGAGCAAGCUUCUCUGGAGAGACUCCAAGAGAAGAGAGAUGCUGCAGUUUCUGCUAUUACUUAUGCUUUGGGGAAGCAUAGGAACUCGUUUCCUGAUGAAGCUGUUGUUAUUGAUGGUGAGGACCAUGGUGGAGUAUCAGUUAUGGAGGACAAACCACCUGAUGCCAUGGUUUCCGAGAAGGCUGUAAAGGAGUUGACAAAGCCUUCUAACGGCGAGAAUGUGGUGGUGAAGUUGUAUCCAGACCUUGUUACACUGUGUCAAAAGAUGGAUACUGAAGGUCUGCACAAGUUUAUAUCAGAUAACCGUAAAAACCUUGCUGUCAUGAGGGAGGAAAUUCCAGUUGCUCUGAAGGCUGCAAAUGACCCUGCUUCUCUGGUGUUGGAUUCACUCAGUGGUUUCUACAACGGGGAAAUGCCUACUUCAGAUGCCAAGAAGGAUGCAAACCUGCUGGGCCUUCGUCGAACCUGUAUCAUGUUGAUGGAAUGCCUCAGCAUUUUACUAGCAAAUUUGGAUGAGGAUCUCAUUCCUGUUAUAAUCUCGGAAGAUGUUAAGGAACGAGCAAGAGUUAUUGCUGAAGAGUGGAAGCCGAAGUUGGAUGAACUGGAUGUUGAUGCCAGCAGUGGGAACUCCUUGGAGGCUCAUGCUUUCUUACAGCUUCUAGCUACUUUUGGUAUCAAUUCUGACUUUGACCAGGAUAAUCUGUCCAAACUGAUUCCUAUGGUUUCUCGCCGCCGUCAGACAGCGGAUCUGUGCCGUUCACUUGGUUUAUCAGAUAAGAUGCCAGGUGUAAUUGAUGUUUUAGUCAGAAACGGAAGACAUAUUGAUGCUGUUAAUCUAGCGAGUGCAUUUGAGCUGACUGAGCAGUUUUCACCCGUUGCAUUGCUGAAUUCAUACUUGGCUGAGGCUAGCAAAGUGUCUUCACCUGCUAGACCUGGGAGCACAUCUCCUGGGCAGGUUUGUUUUCUAUGUCACAUUCUACAGUAGCACAUUGCUGUUGAUGUUUAUUUUUAUAAAGAUGUCGAACAAGCUGUAUGGCUGUCAUGAGUUUCUGAUUGCUCUUUCUAGGGUAUGGUAACUCAUUGAUAAUAUAGGCAUGAUUCAUAAGUUAUGCACGCAUGCUGAUGGCAUUUUCGCUGAAGUAUAGAUUUGUGUUAUAUUUUCAUCAUUUGUCUGGUCUCAAUCAGUUAGUUUAAGAUCAAGUCACCCAUGCCAGCAAAGCUAAUGAUUGCUGUAAACUAUAUUUUUUGCCUUCAGUAUGAUGUCAAUGAAAAGGAGCUCACUGCCCUUAAGGCUGUGAUUAAGUGCGUCGAGGAGCAUAAGCUGGAGGAGCUCUACCCUCUAGAUCCACUCCAGAAAAGGGUUCUGCUGCUGGAGAAGGUGAAGGCUGAGAAGAAAAGGGGGACAGAGGUUCCCAAACCUCAAUCCAAGAGGCCUCGUGCUAACAGUGCAAGUUAUGGACCAAGAGCUGCUAACGGUGCUGCCACUGACAAAAACUUCUAUGCUAGAAUGACUGAUAGGUACCCACAGUACAUCUAUGAUAGACCUUACUGUUUCCCUGCACCGACUGACAAUCACAUGCCGGCGAUCUUGGGUACUCCUGCUUACGGCAUUCCACAUAGUCAUGGCAACUUCUUCGGAACCGGUUACCAGUAUCAGGCGACUCCCUACCUGCACUAAUCAGUAGGAAUGAUGAAACUUGAUUAUGAUCCUUUUAACUGUUAGGGUUAACCCUCCUGUUGUUGUAUUGUACCAUGUGAGCAAAUUUAAUAUUU